AUGAACACGUCGGUCUUUACGGGCCUUCGAGGCGACGAGCUGUCGACCAACGAGCGCAAAUUCAUUCUCGAGGCACUCGCAUCCGGCAGACGCGAAGAUGGACGCUCAAAGAACGAAUAUCGUGGUUUGCGAAUAUCCCCAUAUCCAAAGUAUGGAACUGUCGAGGUCCAGCUAGGGAGAACAAGGGUAAUGGCCAAUGUCAGUGGAGAGAUCAUCAAACCAAACAACUCAUCUGCGAAUGAAGGCACAAUCCGCUUCGAUACCUCCUAUGCCGCUUCGAACGGGCCUCCUAUAUACGAUACCGGAAGACCACACGAAGAAUCCAUGCUCCUAUCACGAUCCCUCGAAAAAAUAUUCAAACGAACUCGCGCCAUAGACACAGAGGGACUAUGCAUCAUCACUGGUGAAAAGGUGUGGCAGAUACGGGUCGACAUCAAGAUACUGGAUCAUGACGGCAACCUGUUGGAUGCGAGCUGUAUUGCUGCUAUUAGUGCGCUCAUGCAUUAUAGGAGGAAUGAUGUUACUGUCCAUGAGGCUGGGAUUGUGAUACACUCGUUUGAAGAAAGACAUCCAUUACCACUCAGCAUAUAUCAUCUUCCUAUCUGCAUAACGUUCGCUGUUGCAAAUAACGGAAACACAGUCAUACUCGACCCAACACACUCUGAAGAACAAGUAUCCCAAGGCACAAUGACCCUAGUCCUAAACAUUCAUCGUGAAGUAUGCACUAUAGAAAAGAGUGGUGGUGUCGCUAUAAAUACCUCAAGUAUAUUCUCGUGCUCGCAAAUCGCAUCGUCAAAGGUCGUUGAUAUUACUCAGAUAAUACGGGCGGCUGUGUCCAAUCUUGUAUAA